AUGGCUGUCACUUCUUUUGAACAAUCCACCCGUUCCUCUGCUUCUUCUACUAAAGAGUCCAAGCGCCACAUUUUUGGAAGCAUCCUCAGACACCUUGCCCCUCAGGUCCAGGUUGAGGGAAACUCCAAGGCCAUUUCUGCCAACCACGCUUCUAAACUGUGGUUUAUUUUUCUUACGGUUAACGACUUCACAAUGGCUACCAAUUCUUUUGAACAAAUCUCUCGUUCUACAUCUUCUUCCUCUUCUACCAAGGGGUCGAAGCGUCACAUCUUUAGCAGCAUUCUCAGACAUCUGGCUCCUCAAGUUCAAGUUGAGGGUAACUCUAGAGCCACUUCCUCAAAUCAUGCCUCUGUUCUGCUUUCUCGGGCUCAUUAA